AUGGCUGGAGAGAUCGCAUGGAUCAGCCACUAUGAUGAUGACUACUUGCAAAAGGAGACCGAGGACUUUGAUUUGGAUCUUGUUGAGGAAAUAGAUAAAGAAGUGAAUGCUGUUUCUGUGGAUGUAAUUCUGCCUGAUGAUUUAUUGGAGCGUAUCUUGUCCUAUCUUCCUCUUGCAAGCAUUUUCCGUGCAAGCUGUGUGUGCAAAAGAUGGAAUGCGACUGCGGAAAGGUUUUUAUGGAACCCUUCCUAUUUGCUACCGCAGAAACCUUGGUAUUUUAUGUUCACGAGCUCUGAUGAACCAACCGGUCAUGCUUAUGAUCCCAACCUUCGGAAAUGCAGAACAAAAUUAUUCGUGUGCAACCCUAUUACUAAAGGUUGCAGGAAGCUUCUAAGGCCUCCAGGGAUGAGCUCUGAUUACGGCGCAUUAGCAAUUUCGGUUGACAAGGAAUCACAUGGUUAUAUUGUUGCAGUUGUGAAAUCAAAGCAAGUCCCUGAAAACGUUUUUCAGUGGGAUAUCUCCAUUCAUAUAUACAAUUCAAAGGAGGAGGCAUGGGCGACGCCACUAACCGAGGUUUUGACGGGGUGGAGAGGUGGUGAUGAGAGUGUGAUGUGCAACGGUAUGCUGUACUUUGUAGUUUACUAUACUGGCGGUGUUCUGCCUGAAAACCGUCAUGCAUUAGUUGCAUAUAAUAUCUCCAGCCGAUCUUCUCAAGCUAGCUUGGGCUUUAUUCCUAUACCGUGUUCUCUGACUCUGACGUGUGCUCGUUUAAUGAACAUGAAGGAGAAGCUUGUAAUGGUCGGAGGCAUUGGCAAACAUGAUCGACCAGACAUAAUCAAAGGAAUUGGUAUUUGGGUUCUUCAUGAUAGAAAGUGGGAAGAGAUUGUCCGAAUGCCUAACAAAUACUUCCAAGGCUUUGGAGAGUUUGACGAUGUUUUUGCUAGCAGUGGCGUCGAUGAUCUAAUAUACAUUCAAAGUUAUGGAUCUCCUGCACUUCUCACAUUUGACAUGAACAUUAAACAAUGGAAAUGGUCACAGAAAUGCCCCGUUACAAAGAGGUUCCCGCUACAGCUUUUCACUGGUUUCUGCUUCGAGCCGAGGCUUGAAAUAUCUCCGUAG